CUAAGUGGGAUUGUCACAUGAUUCUUAGUCAUAACUUUCCACAAGAUUCGGGGAUGAUCUCUGGGCAAGACGCCAUUGACUAGUUUGUCAGCCGCUUCUGGUACAUAGCUUGUCAUCGAGGCAACAAAUAAGAUGUAUAUCUUGUGAACAUGUCUUCACGAUGAAAUUUUUGUCAAUUAAAGGAUAUGAAUGAAAUAGAAAGGAAAGUGUUACAAAGGAACCAUUGUAAUAUUGUGGAGGUCAUUGAACCCUUAGAACUAAGGCCGUUUCUGUAUUCAAAAGGUGUUCUCCCGAAUCCGACAUUCCUGGGUGAUGAUCGGGUAAGAACAAGAAGGGCAGAAAAGUUUAUCGAGUAUAUAGUUGAAAACUGUUCAUUUUCCCUGUUUCUCGAUUCGUUAUCAAAGGACAGUGCGUAUGAUUUCCUUGCACAGAAACUGCAGCUAGAGUUAGAUGACAUAUCAAAAGAUGAUACUGAAAGUCGGUAUGUGCCUUAUGAAAUAAAGGAGUCAUUAUUCACACCAGAGCGUGCUAAAGCAAUAUGGUUUCGACACGAACUCAAACGCUAUUCCAUGACAGGGAAUAAUGAAGCAUUCCUUCAAAGAAGUAAAACUAUUACCGAUAGGUGGAAUGCCAUACCCAAAGAAAAGAUUUUUCUCGAAAAUAAUCAAGAAUUGGCGGAUAUGUAUUUCAUGGUUCUAGACGCAACCAUGGAAAGAAGACGAAUUGUGUACGACACGACUCUUUAUAACGACGAUGAAUUGUUUGGUAAGAUGCAAGAGAUGUCUUUAUACACUUCCUCUGCUACACUACCUACAGCUAUGCGUCUAGCACGUUACGGUUCAGCUCUUCUAAUGGCAGGAAGGCCGGUGGAGGAAGCACUCAGUUACGUGGAAGAAGCAAAACAGCGACUUCAAACACUCCCAGCAUGUAGAGAGUCUGGAGUAAUUCUGUAUAUUGAAUACAACAUGCUGAUUUCAGAAAGAUACGAAAAAGAUCCUACCGUUAAAAUGAAGAAUCUACUGUUAAAAAUCGGAAGUGAGUCAAUUGACCAUUUUUGUCGAGAACAGGAAACGGUUGGAAAAGAUUUCCGUAGAAUGGUGUUGAUAAAACAAGCACUGUUACUUCUAGGCAUAGGACUUUUCCUAAACGACGUAGAUAAUGUUUUUGUCACGGAUGAAGACAAAAAACAAGCUGAAACAAUUUUGCAAGAAAUCCGAAAAGAGGAGAAUUGGAAAAGAAUGGAACAUCGCUGGCAUGUUGCAUACUAUGUAGCAAAUAGCAAACUACUCCGUCUCGAAGGACAAAGUGAAAAAGCAUUGGAUGAGAUGCAAAAAGCUUCGAAAUAUGCAAUAGAUGGAACGUUUAAAAAGGAGCUUGGUAAUAUAAAAAAAUCUGUGGUUUUCCAAAGUGGAAAACGAGAAUGGAACUUCAAGAAUGCGCUACUUCUUUUUUCGUUCAUCAUUCUAUUAAUAGCAGUGGUGUAUCAGAUAGUGUUUCAUUAAUCAUGAGAAGACCUACUAUGUUCAAUGCUGUGGUGUAGAAGUUAAUUAGGACCAUUCAGCUAGAAGGUGCAAGCGCCACGGGCUACAGAUGGGAAUCCUUGUGUGAACACAUGAGGUAAGGGUAAUCAUUUUAACGGAACUGGUAAUACUUAAGAUUGGUAUUUAUUUAUCAAUAAUAUUUAAGACUCUUUGAAAUACUGGGUAUUCAACUGAUUAUUCUAUAUUUAUUAUUACUAUGCGUAUUUGAUUAUUGUGUAUAAUUAUUCCUUAAUUCAUCUAAAUAAAAAAUAGAACUAAUUGACGUAAUAGGGCCCCCUUAACUCAUCCCCUUCUCUGUAUUUCAUAUGUUUACUAUAAUAGUUAUGCAGAUUGUGGAUUACUAUUAUCUUGUAUGUUAAAGAUGUUGUGAUGACAAGGAGGAAAGCAAUAUUAAACCUAUUGUUCACAACCUACUGUCAAACAAGGCUGUGCCGCUUGGAAUCAAAACAUUAGUGACGUCACAACGAGGUAGCACUAUAAAGUCGUACAUAAACUAUUAUAUACAAUUAUUUUCGACGAUUCGACGGACUUCCAAAAUAUAGGAACAAAACAAAACACAAAAUAGAAUAGAAUAUAAAUAAAGGACAGCCUGGAUACGGUACGCCCUCCUCCUAGACCAACGCCAUGAUAUGAUACGAUCGGUAAUCUCCCCAUCUUUUUAUAUAAUAAAAGUUCCAAUAAGACACAUAAAUUAUAAGCCCAACAAAUUAUAGACCCCCCAUAAGACCAUUUUUUCUUUUCUUAAAUAGACAUACACCAAGAACUAAGGGUAAAUAUCCGCAUACACCAUAGGGACCCCUCGGAUAAUCUCAGACUCUGGUCAAGCCUGACAAGGAAACAAAGUACUGUACAAAACGGAAGCAGAGACGUUUCUCUACUGUCGGGCACAACCGGCAGUAAGAGACCCGAGGUACAUAACAAAUAUAAUAUAUAUUUACCUCUCUAUAAGAACAGGAAUAUAUGCAAUAAAUACACUUUCAAAUAUACAAAUAAUUUCAUUUUUUAUGUACAUAUAUACAUUAAUAUAAGCCAUAUUGGCCAAAUUCGAAUCCCCUCAACGACACCAAUACAUUAGUAUUGAUCAACAACCAAAGCUGCAUCAUCCGGCGCGAUAAACCAUUUCGGACCAAGGAGUCGUCUCCAAAUUACACCACAAGAUAAAGAUAGGAUAGAAUAGACGACUCCAAACCACCCCCCGAGGGAAGGCAACUUCCCUCACGCCGACAGAACACUGACUUCCGUCAGUGAGAUGAAACCCGUAAGGGCGGAUUCAUGUAGGCGCGAACCCGUCAACCAACCAACCAACCAUCGAGAUAGCACUCUUCAUUGUCAAAAUAAAGCGAGUGGGUUGGUUGCCGUCUACGGAGCUAAAACGCAUAACUUUAAUAAAACACGGUACCAUUUUGUAAAUGAGAUAAUGCGUGUCAAAUUAAAAACAAAUACGGGGGGAAAAAACCCAAAGAACUUAAAACGCUGAAAUCGUAACUUUAUCUAUACCUCCUUGAUCUUAAUAAAAAUGUGGUGUUGAAAAUUAAUGUUACAAUUGACAUCAAAUAUCCCAGAAUGUUAUUGCAUUUAUUUCUUAAUGCAAUAUUUUUUUUUACAUUUUUUCACGUCAUGAGGCGCAAAUAUUGCUUCAUCAGAAAAGCGCGGGAAUGUGUAACGUAGUUUUUAACGCCAGGUUAUAAUGACGUCACGCUUGACAACAAUACAGAGCGCCAUUUUGAAUGGGUUUUCCGCAGAGAAUAUAAAGUACCGUUCAGAUUGGAUAAUACUAAGAGUGACGUUUUUACUUGCGAAUAUAUAUUAUUUCGUGUAUCUUCACUGCAUUAAACAUAUGUGUUUAUCAGAUGGAGAAUUCAUGAUAUUUCACUAGAAAACUACUAAAUACCGAUACUGUAAGGUUUACCACCAUAUUUUUGUAGACAGUAUGCGGCCUCAAUUUCCCAGAAGGCUUUCACGCAUGGGGAAGCACCGGAAGUGGACAAAGUGUUUAUAGAUCAACCCCCGACGGCGCUUUGCGCCGCUUGGGGGUUUGAAAAAAAUGUUUAAAGUAGAUUAAAUGGUAAAAUAUAUCGUUAACCUGACAUUAUUUUCAACAUUGUUUUAACGUCACAUUAUAACAUCAGUAUUUGAUAAUCAAUAUUAUAUGUAUAUUCUGUCACAUUGUUCAAUCGACGUUGUUAUAAUGGACAUUAAUAUGACUCAGGCAUGGCCUGGAGAGAGCGCAGCUGGUACAUUUGUUUCGAUAGUAUACUAUAUAUUUUUUUAA